CUGGUGAUUUGAACUCUUUGCAAAUGAGACCUGGCUUACUGUAAUCAUGCAGAUUUUUGGGCUGGUUUUUAUUUUUUGUUGGUAGUUGUUGUCACAUGCCACCAGCUAAGAACUGGAUUUCUGCAGAGCCUUUUACAUAGGUCUUCUAUUAGGAAGAAUUUGCGAUUUAUACAUCAUCAAAAUAAUUACCUUGGAUAAUUUCUCCCUGAAAAGAUAUAAUAGAUAAUUAUUUCAGUGAAGUGAAUUUCCUAUUCAUGCCAUAGCAGAUUUAUUUUGAUGAGGAAGGGUCAUUGACAGCAGAGAUGUUAUGCAGAGAUAACAACGUGGAGGCAUUUGGAUACCCAGAUUCCCUUGGGUGGGUGUACAGGAAUGAGUUUCUUACAGUUCUUGUCUGAAGCCCUGUGAAAAAUGCUUCCCUGCAACAGUGUGUUAUCAGGGUGCCAACAAUCAGUUAUGGAAAACCUGGAUGAAGAGCUACUCAAAGCAUUUAGAGGAAUGUUUCAUGGAAGAUUUUGGCAACAAGGACAGCUUCGGGAAGGUGUGUGUCCUUCCUGUGAGAUGUGGAACAAGGCUGUUUUGGAUGGCAAUACAGGACAGUGAUUCCCAAUUCCUGUUUGGUUUAGGCUUCUGUUAGACUGUGGCCAUGCUGAUGGGAGCUUUGUAGUACCGAGCCCUGGUGUGAUUGUGAGAGCAGUCCAAAUUCCACGCAGAAUGGGAGGCAGGCAGUGGUGUUACUGACGUCAGACAUGAUGUGCAAGUGGAAUUCAAUAGAGUGCUGAAUUCAGAGCAGUGUUCUGAGCACUUGUUAAUUCACAGGACAUGCUCAACUUUGGCUCUUUCCCUAGCAGAUGUAAGCCUACUGAUUGUAAACUUGCUUUUAGUUCUUAUUCUUCUCUGACCACAGUUCAGAAGCUGCUGCUGGAGGGUUUGCUGAGGGCUGGCAGGAGGAGGGAGGGCACAAAUCCCCCCUCCUUGCUCUGCUACCAGGAGCAUCCUGAGCCUUGGGGUGACUGUGCUUGGUCAAAUCUCCAGGGAGAGUGUGGAGAUGAACAGUCAAGAUUUGCUGUGUUUGUUUGUCAUAGGUGUGGGCAAGAGCAGUUUGCUGUUGCGUUUUGCAGAUAAUACCUUCUCAGGCAGCUACAUUACCACCAUUGGAGUGGAUUUUAAAAUCCGGACAGUUGAGAUCAAUGGAGAGAAGGUGAAACUCCAGAUCUGGGACACAGCUGGCCAAGAACGCUUCCGGACUAUUACAUCAACGUAUUACAGAGGAACACACGGGGUCAUUGUUGUCUAUGACGUAACGAGCGCAGAAUCCUUUGUGAAUGUAAAACGGUGGUUGCAUGAAAUUAAUCAAAACUGUGAUGAUGUCUGCAGGAUACUAGUGGGCAAUAAGAAUGAUGACCCAGACCGAAAAGUGGUAGAAACAGAAGAUGCCUAUAAAUUUGCUGGGCAGAUGGAGAUCCAAUUGUUUGAGACCAGCGCCAAAGAAAAUAUUAAUGUGGAAGAGAUGUUUAAUUGCAUUACAGAGCUUGUCCUGCGAGCAAAGAAAGAAAACUUAGCAAAGCAGCAACAGCAGCAACAGAACGAUGUGGUGAAGCUAACAAAGAACAGUAAAAGGAAGAAGCGGUGCUGCUAAUGCCCCUUCCUGCUGCAGAGACUCUGCUCUCAGACAGAUCAGCCCCUCCAGCUAGACUCGGGCAAUUCCACUGGGGCAGGCUUUGGGAGGACUUUCUCAGUUUUGUGCCGUUAUUUAAAGAUUAUUUUUUCUCCAUGUUUUCUAUCAAGAGGCGCUGGCACCUUCCCACUGCAGUGCCAAGAAGGUAUCGGAUGGAAUCUUGCCCCCCUCUCCUCCCCUGCUCAUUCCAGUGCGCCUUGUAGACAAGAAGGACGUUGCCUACCAAGUGGACUAAUUAACCCAAGAGUUUGUACAUAAUGUAUAUUGCUUUAACCAGCCUCGCCUCUCUGUUGUCGCUUUGGCUUCUGCCUUCUUAAUGUCAACCAAUCAUGGACUGCAGAGUUCAUCUUUUUAAAGAAAAAGUUUAAAAGUUCUUAAUUUGAGUUGGCCCUGGGCUGGCAGCGACUGCUUCCUGGGGCCUCCAGCUGCAUUUCUGUUGGGCUCCAGGCUGGCAACUGGUGCCCCUGGGGCCCUUGGCUUCUCCUGGAGUCCCAGGCUUUUCCUGGGGCUCGGGUUGUGUUUUUCUAGGUACCAGGAUUGCAGGUGUCACUGCUGGAACCUGGGGUUUCCUUUCACCAGCCCCUGGGCUGGCAGCUGGAGCUGCUGCUGGGGCCUGGAAUUUCAGCUUGCCAUCAUCCAGAUUUGUGGCUGGAUCCUUGGGUUUCACCUCCUUGUGCUGCAGUCCAGCUGUACCUGUGCUCUUCUGUAGUUUGUAUCAAGAUACUGGAAAAGAAACUGACCUGCAGAAGUGGGAUUUGUUUGGAUAAAACUUUUUUUUUUUUUUUUAAGCAAAGUUUAACAACUUUGACCUCUGGUUCUGCCAGUGUCCUAAGUGAGGGUCCAUUUCUUUUGAGAAGAACAAAAAUCGUGUGAUUCUGCCAAAAACCCCAAACUUCUCCUUGUUGCCCUGUCCACAAAUAGGCAAUCUGAACCUGAAUGUGAAUUUUGUUGGCAAAGCUUUUGUUUUUGAGAGAGAAAAGGCAUGAAAAAAAAAUCCAGCUUUUUUUAUUGAUGUCAGAAUAUGAAAGCUGCAGGAUCAUACCCGGGAUUCUUCUGUUAGGAAGGAGGACUUCAGUUUAAUGCAAAGAAAUGGAAAGCUUGCUUGCUUGGGUUAUGUGGUGGUGGAGGAUCACACUUGGAAACAAGCUGGGCUAGCUGUGCUCAGCAACAUUUUCCUGGCCCUUGUCAGCCUUUCUGGGAAAACAAGGGCUCACUUCCUCAGCCUGAAUAGAUGUAGUUAAAGGUGGAGAGUGUAUGUGUGUGUAACUAAAAUAUCAAAUGUCUGGGCUGAAAGGACAUGCUCAGCACCUGAAUUAUUGCCUAAAUAAUAUUAAAAAAUAAUUUUACCUUAAAAGGCACGGGAGGGUAUGUCUUCCUUGAAGGUGGACAUAGUCCAUGGGCCAGUAAGUGGCCCUAUGGAAUUGCUGGCCUUAGUUUGGUAGGAUGUGAUUCACCCAUGUCCAUGAGCUUGGAAUCAGCCCACUUCUCUCCCUUCCUCACCCUUUCCCCAGGAGAGGCUACAUUUUAGUCACUUAUUUUGCCUGCAUUUUUUUAGAAUUUUCAGGUUGUGGUAAGAGCCCUGAGCAUACAAUCACAUCACAGUCAAUCACUUUAAAGAUUUUUUCCGAAGUGCAAAUGAUGAAUGUGUAACACGUGGGUUUUUAAUGGGAUCAGGUGCUGGGGAUACAUAUCCAGCUGCCUUCACCCACCUCUUUUCUUCACAUAUCCUGCAUUGGUAACCCAAGGAUUGCAGUGAGCUGGGAUGAUGCUGCUGGGCUGAGCUCUGGUCAUUGUUGAGAGGCUGUGCAAAGCCUUAGGUCACACCAGCCCACCCUGCCUGCUCUCCAGUGUGGAAUGUGGUGUGUGCUGGGAGGAGCUGGGCCAGUCCCUGGAACUGUCCUGUGGGGGUUCUCCCCUGCAGAUUGAGGGGCCCAGCUGUGUUAUUACUUUGGGAAUCUUGUUGGUAGCUGUGUGCAGAUCUAGGAGGGAGUAACUUCCUAUAGGCAGAAGUAAAGAACAUGUCUGAAUUUACUGGAAAUGAUGCAAUAAAAUGAGGAAAUGGUGCACCCAAGUCUGGAGUGUUCUCUUAUGUGGAAAAAUUUGUCCUCUUUGAGUCCAGGUUUUUGUGGCCAAGGUUGGAAUUCUGUCAAUCCAGGUCCAGCUUCCUGGCUUUUAAAGUGGGAUUUUUUUUUUUUUUCCCAGAGCUGGCUGUAGAGGAGCAGUUACCUCUGCUCUUGCCAUCACUGUUCAAUUGGAAGGGGUGGGGACCGUGUCUCUAGUGGUGCUGAUGUGAAGUUUCCUAAAUGUUGAGCAAUGGAAUGUCUAACUGGUUUGCUAGGAUUAUUUCUGUAAUGAAAGUUUCUAAUUAUGCUUUUUAAAUAAUUUUAAAAAACUAAAAAUAAAGGUUACAAGCUGCCAAA